GAUUAUAUCUAUCAGUAUCGUACUAUCUUAGUCCGUGGUGAUUACAUAAUUUUGUAAUAAACACAAAAGACGAAAAGAGUCAAGAAGAACCCUUUGCUACUUUCAUACGCCGAAUAUUACAAUAAUUAUAUCAUUAUUCUCGUUUGACAAAUCGAAUAUUUAUUAAUUCGUGCCGUUCGCAGACGAUCUCGUCCGUCGACGAAGCCGCUGGUCGGUAGAGGGCCAACUUCUGUACAAUUUCUGGCAAACACAAUUCGCGUCGGCGACAUGAUGAGCUCAAGUGGUGCGGUCGAAAGCGACGUCGGGAGUUCGAUGCCAAUGGAAACGGAUGACGAAAUUGAUCAACUUGUGGCUCAAACUACCGAUGUUGAAAUGGCACCAACGGAAAUCGAGCCCCUCGUCAAUCCACCAGUUUCUGCAGUCGCACCAAUUCUAAGCUCAUCGACGCCGUCAGCAGGAGCGCUAACCAACAAACUGUCCCCGACAUUAGUGGCUCUCAAUAACAAACCGUCCACGACAUCUGUUACUCACAGCAAUCUACUGGUACCUCAAGUCGCGCCUCUCAUUAGUUCAACUAUAUCGACAAUCGCUCCACUCAUCAGUCCGUCCAUGUCUCCGGUCGUACAUGUAAACCAAACGACAGUAUCUACAGUCACUUCUCUUAAUAGCACUCCUGUGUCGACAAUCUCUGUACUCAAUAACCCUUCAGUAGUGACAACCAACCAGCAAAAUAUUGUAAUGCAACAUCUCCAAUUCCAACAACUGCAACAACUCCAACAGCAACAACAACAACUCCAACAGCAACAACUCCAACAGCAGCAACAACUCCAACAGAAGCAGCAACUACCGAUACAACAGCAACAAAUCCAACUCCAACAGCAACAGAUCCAACAAAUGCAACAGAAACAACUAUUAAUACAACAACAACAAAUAAAACAUCACCAACAGCAACAAAUAAAACAGCUACCGCAACCACAAUUACUACAGCAGCUGCAACAACAACCACAGCAACAUCAACAGCUACAACAACAACCAGCACAGCAGCAACCCCAACAGCAUCAACAGCUGCAGCAGCAACAACAACAACAACUACCGUUACAACAAAAGCAACAACUACCGACACAACAGCAGCAGCAACAACAAAUAGUAGUACAGCAACAGCAGCAGCAACAACAACAAGCAGUACAGCAGCAGCAACAACAACAAGCAGUACAGCAGCAGCAACAACAACAAGUAGUACAGCAGCAACAACAACAAGUAGUACAACAGCAACAACAAUCGGUACAGCAGCCACAACAACAACUACCGUCACAGCAACAACAACCAUCAUCGCAGCAACAACAAACACCACAACAACAGCAACCAUCACAACAAAUUACCAUUAAAAACAUGAUGAAUGCAGACAAUGCAGCAUUGUUAACAAAAGCACGUUUGCGUGAACUAGUCAAAGAAGUAGAUCCAAAUGAACAGCUAGAAGAGGACGUAGAAGAUCUUAUGUUGCAGUUAUCUGACGAUUUUGUCAACGAAUUAGUCAAAGCAGCAUGCGUGUUCGCUAAACAUAGAAAAUCAAAUAUCGUUGAAGUUAAAGACGUCCAAAUUUACUUAGAACGGUACUUAAAUAUGUGGAUACCUGGUUUUGGCACUGAUGAAUUGAAACCGUACAAAAAAGCGCCGAUCACAGAAGCACAUAAACAACGAACAGCACUUAUCAAGAAAGUUGCCAGUAAAAAAUACUAAUUUAAAUGUUAAUUUGUUACAUGUCACCAGCAUUAUUGUUCAGAAUUUUUGGUUGUUAAGAACACCACUUAAAGGGCUGUUUAAUAUAAAAUUGGAUAAAUGUAAGACUUACUUUAUUAAUAAAACAAUAUUUUUUCAUCAUUAAAAAGUUUUGAAUUAG